AUAAUCGUACACAAAAGCGGGCCGUAGCAGCGUGAACGAACGCAUGAUCGAAGAGAAUCUCCGUUCGGAAAUAAAGUUACCGCUGGUCCCUCGGUUUUCCAGUUCGAAAAGCCGCGAUGUCCGGCGACGGUGAAUUUUUUCUCUCGAUUAUAGGUUCCAUCGAGCACGCGGAAUUUUACGACGCGGACAACGUCUACUGCAAGUAUGGAUUUCACUUUGGCCCCGAAUGGACCGUAGUCGCUGGCAUCGAAGAGGGUUUGACGCAGAUGUGCAAGUGCAGCAGUGACCCGCGAAAUCUCGCCGUUUGGAAUUUCCCUCUAGAAAUCACGUUUAAAAGCACCAAUCCGCACGGAUGGCCGCAAAUGAUCAUGUCAAUUUACGGCCUGGACCUAUUCGGCCAUGAUGUCAUACGGGGAUACGGAGUAUGCCAUUUACCUUUGAAGACAGGUUACCACGAAAAGAGGGUAGCAGUGUACGUGCCGGAAUCUUCGUCGACGUUGCAACGAUUUGCAGCCUGGUUAACCGGUCGAAGACCAGAACUAAUUGAUCCAGCAAUAUUAGCCUCAAACGGCGGAAGAGAACUGACACGUAUGAGGGUGGAGGGUGCUGUUACAGUAACGUUCAACGUUGUUAUGAAAGAUUUCUUCAAGUUGGGCUACAAGAAUGGCGAAAAACCGGACAAAUAGCUGGAAUUCGCUAGAAUAAAUUAUUACACUGUUGAUACCAGUAUAAAAUGACAAAGGCACGUCGCCUCGAUAACUGUGUGUUCUGCUUUCACGAUCAAAGACUGACUUCAAUGCCUUCACAUAAUCAACUAAUAGUACAAAUUCAUACAAAUCUGUAUAUAUAAUAUACAUAUAUAAAUAAAGGAAAAUUAAUUCCAUAUUAA